AGAUAGUGGGAAGUGCCCCGUACGCCGGUGUCUCCCUGGCUGCGCAAGACGCCAUUUUGGAGUGACAGUGAAAGAUAACGGAAAGAUCGAGAAGCUGUCUUUCUAAAGCUUCGUCACCAUGGGGAAUGUAUUCACAAGCUUAUUCAAAGGCCUGUUUGGCAAAAAAGAGAUGAGGAUUCUCAUGGUUGGGCUCGAUGCUGCUGGAAAAACCACCAUCCUAUAUAAACUGAAGCUUGGAGAGAUAGUCACUACCAUUCCCACCAUUGGUUUUAAUGUUGAAACUGUAGAAUACAAGAACAUCAGCUUCACAGUGUGGGAUGUGGGCGGUCAGGACAAAAUCAGGCCGCUGUGGCGCCACUACUUCCAGAACACUCAAGGGCUCAUCUUUGUGGUGGACAGCAAUGACAGGGAGCGAGUGAACGAGGCGAGGGAGGAGUUGUCCAGAAUGCUUGCUGAGGACGAACUCAGAGACGCCGUGCUGCUCGUUUUUGCAAAUAAACAGGAUCUCCCCAACGCUAUGAACGCUGCAGAGAUCACAGAUAAGCUCGGCCUGCACGCCCUCCGCCAGCGCAACUGGUACAUCCAGGCCACCUGCGCCACCAGCGGGGACGGCCUGUACGAGGGCCUCGACUGGCUCUCCAACCAGCUGAAGAACCAGAAAUGAUCCAUUCCAACUUUUUUUUUUUUUUUUUUUUGAAGUAUCUUUUUGUUUUGUUUGUUGUUUAUUUUUUUCUGUUUCAAUACAACGGCAGCACCGGACCCAGGCCCCCCCACCACCACCCCCCAUCUAACCCCUGCCUCAUCUUCAUCUCCAGGUCUUUCUUUCAAGAACUUCCUUCAUGCCCCCCCUCCUCCCUCUGCGCCCUCUCUCCCUCCUGCUUUCUGCCCUCGUUAGUACCCUGGGGGCUGUAGCCUGUGCUGCUUGUGUGUGUGUUUGUGGGCGCGCGUGUGUGUGUGUACCCUGUGUGUUCAGCGUGCGUGCGUGCGUGCGUGCGUGCGUGUGUGUGUGUGUGUGUGCGUGUGUGUGUGUGUGAAGGCGUCUCUGUGUAUGUUGGCUGGGAUUGGGAGUAACCUGGCGUGCCUUUUACACACCUCCUGUGGAAUCAGCAGUCUGGUUUUUGAGCCCCUAUCUCCAUCCACCAAACUCAGCCUCUGCCUCACGCAGAACCCCCCGUCUCCCUCCCCAAGUCUUGGACGCCCACCCCCACCCCGCACCUCCUCCACCUUUACUCUCCAGGGGAAAGCAUGGUUUUUCAUACGGCAAAAAAAGAGCAAGGGUGCAAGCUCCCUCCCCGCCUCCCUCCCUGUAGUAUAAAUAUAUCUACCUUAACUAGACAAUGUUCACCUGAUGUAGACUGAAUGCUAAAUGUUCAUUUUAAACCUCCUUUUUUUUAUUUUGAAACCUCAAAUCCACCAGUAAGAGAUUCAGCAAAUUGCAUCUUAACCUGUAUCAGGUCGAAGCAAAUAAAAAAAAAAGGACAAAUAACCCUCCACAACAACGACAACUACAACAACAACCUGCCCAUCCUCGAUCAUUCUGGUGUCAUUUGAAAAUCAUGCUGUUUGUUUUAUUAUUAUUAUUAUUAUUAUAUUGGAAUAUAACAGAUUAUUCUUAGCAAUGGCUCUCCAUUGAACGCUACCUUUAUCUCUCUCUCCUCCCCCCUCCCCGAGCCCCCAGCAGGUGAGACUGUGAAGCACAAAGCAAGCCAACUAUUAAAAAUUAAUGAAACUAGAAUCAUAGAGUACAUACGUAAUUCUUUUGGGGUAGUUAACAUUGAAUUCUCUGGAUUCAAUUUUUCAAGUCAACCAUCUGUACAAUGAAUCGGGAAAUCAGGCGUGGGUUAUUUCACAAAGCUUCACAUGCUAUUCCUUUAAGACAUGUUACAUGUGGUUGUUUUUUUUUUCUUCUUUUCUCUGUAACUAGUUUUAGCGUUUCUACUCGUACUUAUCACUGCUGAACCAAAUUCAUUUCGAGCAGUAAGACAAAUCCUGUACAAGAAGUAGUGAAUCCCGGACGGGCCCGAGGAGGCCGCUCUUCUCACAAACGGUUUGGCAGUUUAACUUUUUCGAGAUCUGGGGAAAAAAAGCAUUCAGUUGUCGUGAUGUUUUGGGGGUGAAAGUGAAGGAAUUGGCACCAAAUAUGAAGGUUCUCUAACUGUGAACAACCCGGACCCGAGGGGGGGGGGGGGGGGGACUCGCUGCGGGGCACCGGGCGCUGACCGGCUACAACGCAGCGCUGCGUAACUUCGCGACUGAAAGAAUCAAGGCGACGGGUCACCACCGACCCGGCGGUCUGAGGUGCGUGUCGAGGGCCUCGGCGGGCGUUCUCGGUGUCGGAGACCGAGGGGUGUGAAGAUGGCACUUGUGUCGAGAAUGAUUGUAAAUCUGUAACGUUCCCCUGUAAACUGUUUCUGUGGGGAUUUCCUGAACACAUUAAUAAACAUGAUUUGAUCCAACACUU